AUGCGGCCUGAAGGCACCUCUCUUCAAGCCCAAAAACAAUCAUUGAAUUUGAAAACCCUUGACCUUGAUCAAUGGAUUUGUGGACGCAUCAGGGCUGGAACGGGCUUCCGAUGUAGCCUGAAGAUCGUGAAAGCCAACAGGGAUCAAAUAAAUUCCUUGGUCAAUACCCUAUCCACCCUCAGGAAGUCUUCUCCGCAAAUACCGAUACAACUCGAGGCCCUUGCCAAGCUCACGCAUUGUUCCUCCCACGGAGUUGAAGGUCUAAAGGACGUUCGAAGCGCAGUCUGGCUUGGUCUUCUUAUGCGUGAAGACAGUGAACACUCCGCUCAUAGUGUUGAGUCAGUUCAGGAACAGAUAAAAGAGGUGUUUGGACCUAUUUCACGUCAUUGCAGUUGCAAGACCCCAGAACAGUGCGGAAAACGUAUCGGUGGACAAAAGGUCCGGAAUAUCCGAAAAACAAUUGAUGAGAUUAUCAGACCAGAGGUCUAUAUGAAUGACACAAAUCUGGGCUACCUCCUUCAGGUUUUAGAAGCAAAUAUCUACUGUCCGAUGCAUGAAGAGGAGGUGAAUCAAACCAAGUCGAUAUAUUGGAAAAUGAAAAUCCUGGAAAUUCGCAGUGUGCACAUUUCAAACCCAGUCAAGGUCCUUGAAAAUGACGAAGAACUUGUUAUCGGAAGGCUCCAAAGUCAAGUUUCAGUCAUCACUUUGACAGAGCCACACUCACCUUCCGAUAAUGAAGCCUCGAUAUCGAUAGCCAUAUCCACGGAAUCAUCACCCGGAUCAGUGUAUGUCACUAAAGAUCCAGCUACUUUCUGGCCGGCUGCAUUUGAAUCGAGUCCGUUUCAAUUUCUGAACAAGCCAGCUAGAUAUAGGCAGAGGCAUUCAUUGGAUGGUCCUCUUAACGGAAGGGAGAAAAAACCCGGAUACAUCUACAUACUCCAGGAGGAAAAUAAUGCAGGAUAUCUGAAAAUCGGUUAUACAACUGAUUCAAUCGAGAAACGCUGUCAGAAUUGGACCUUUUAUUGCAACAGGAAGUUCAAACUGGUGUAUCCUACUUCGUCUGAAUUGACAACCCAAGUUUCCUAUGCUGAGCGUGUAGAGGCAUGGUGCCAUCACAAAUUGCAUUAUUGUCGGAAAACUAUAUACUGCAAUUUAUGCCUCGGGGAACAUACUGAAUGGUUUCAAACAUCGAUUAAGGAAGCGAUUGGAGUUAUUGAGAGCCAGUCAGAGCUGAUGGCUGCUCAUCACCAUUUGUAUGAUCCAGAAUCUCCAAUUCUCAAGGCACAGGAGGGAACUACUUUUCAUGAAGUGGAAGAUAUUGCGGAUAGGCUGGCUGCGACUGUUAUAUGA